UAACCCGCCCCUUCCGUUCUCUAAGGACCUAAAUUCCAUAGCUGACUCAGGAGCUGCCUGAUCGCAACCUAUCUAGGCGGAGCGCCCUAUGGUGGUUGAGCAGUGCUGGCACUAACAGUAGGCAGCCCUGCUGAAUCUUCCGCCAUAUUCGGCAAACGGAAACCUGGAAGUACAAGCGGAGUCCGUGGCCGGAAAAUGGCACCCAAGGCGAAGAGCGGUUCUGGCAAAGGAGGGAAAGGGGGAGCAGCAGUUCCUGGCAGUGAGGGUGCUGCUAAGAAGGCCCAGGGUCCCAAAGGUGGUGGAAAUGCAGUAAAAGUCCGACAUAUUCUGUGUGAAAAGUAUGGCAGAAUCAUGGAGGCCAUGGAAAUGCUGAAGUCUGGAGUGAGAUUCAAUGAAGUUGCUUCUCAGUACAGUGAAGAUAAAGCCAGGCAGGGGGGAGAUUUGGGCUGGAUGACCAGAGGUUCCAUGGUAGGCCCUUUCCAAGAAGCAGCCUUUGCCUUGCCUGUCAGUGGCCUAGACAAGCCUGUGUACACAGAUCCUCCAGUGAAAACCAAAUUUGGGUACCAUGUCAUCAUGAUCGAGGGGAGAAAAUAAACUGAUCGAUUUUUUUAUGA